UUUCUUAUCUAUGCCUGCCUGCUGCUUUUUUCUGUGUUGCUCUCUCUGCGUCUGGAUGAUAAAAUUCAGUGGAGUUACUGGGCCGUAUUUGCUCCAAUAUGGCUAUGGAAGUUAAUGGUGAUUGUUGGUGCCUCAGUGGGAACAGGAGUAUGGGCCCGAAACCCACAGUAUCGAGCAGAAGGAGAAACCUGCGUGGAGUUCAAAGCGAUGUUAAUUGCAGUAGGCAUCCACCUCCUGCUGCUGAUGUUCGAAGUUCUGGUGUGUGACAGGAUCGAAAGAGGAACCCAUUUCUGGCUGCUGGUCUUCAUGCCAUUAUUCUUCGUGUCUCCAGUGUCGGUUGCAGCGUGUGUGUGGGGAUUCCGACACGACAGGUCUCUGGAGCUGGAAAUCUUGUGUUCAGUCAAUAUUCUGCAGUUCAUAUUUAUUGCACUCAGACUAGACGAGAUCAUCAGAUGGCCAUGGCUUGUGGUUUGUGUUCCGCUGUGGAUCUUGAUGUCCUUUCUGUGCCUAGUAGUGCUCUAUUACAUUGUGUGGUCUGUUCUGUUCUUGCGCUCUAUGGACGUGAUUGCUGAGCAAAGGAGGACACACAUCACGAUGGCUGUCAGCUGGAUGACAAUCGUCGUUCCCCUGCUCACAUUUGAGAUCUUACUAGUACACAGACUGGACGGGCAUAAUUCUUUUUCUUUUAUACCCAUAUUUGUUCCUCUCUGGCUUUCACUCAUAACUUUAAUGGCGACAACAUUUGGACAAAAAGGAGGAAAUCACUGGUGGUUUGGAAUUCGCAAAGACUUUUGCCAGUUUCUGCUUGAAAUUUUCCCAUUCUUACGAGAAUAUGGAAAUAUUUCUUAUGACCUUCAUCAUGAAGAUAACGAGGAAACAGAAGAAACGCCGCUGCCCGAACCACCAAAAAUUGCACCAAUGUUUAGAAAAAAGACUGGAGUGGUCAUUACACAGAGUCCCGGAAAAUACGUGAUUCCACCUCCCAAAUUAAACAUUGAUAUGCCAGAUUAAGAUGAGAGCUGCAUAUUAAACUUGAACUGGGAAUCAGCAGACAAAUGUAUUUCAUCUCAUGCCUUGUCCGAAUUACUUUAAAAUAGAUGUUGCUGAAUCAGUGGCUUGGAUUACACAAAUCAGAGAUCUUGAAGAUAAUCUGAGAGCUUUUCCAGAGAUAUGUGGUGGUCUAAUUUUGUGAACCUUCCUACUGGGUUGGUUGCACGCUUGCCUGUAUAGUAUUUAUAUGAACAUUUUAGCAGUGUAAUAUAUUGUUUAAAAGUCUUGUCCUGUACAGUCUAAGUAUUAUCUAAAAGUAUUUUUUUAAAAACCCUGUAUGAAAUGCCUAUGCUAUUCCAGGUGUCUUUUAGGUCCUAAAUAUACACUUGAUUUCCAUGUCUGUUUUAAAUGCUUUUUUUUGGAUGUCUUAGUAGAGCAUCUCUUACUUCUCUUUCUGUUCAGCCACAAUCAUUGUCUUAACAACAGAGGCACAGGAGUGUUGCGCUUCUCAGGCAAGACUGGAAAGCUUUUUU